AACCCGGGGCCGACAGCGGAGUUUGGACGUGUCCGUCAAGCAGCCGCGGUCAUGGCCUGAUUUAAAGAGCCGCCACCAGGAUUUGGGCGGGAAGGUCUUUGGACUGAAGGAGCAGUUUGUUUGGACUCCUCAGCCAUGUGUUCCACAAAUCCUUCAAACUGGGUCACUUUUGACGAUGACAUCACACCCAUCUCGUCGCCCCAGAAGCCCCCGCAGUCACCAGAUUUGAUCAAAACAUCAUUACCUCGGCCCAACGGCAUGAAGCUAGUGUUUCCUCCAAUCAAAGAUGCAUCCUGGAGCUUAGGUGGGUCCCUGGAAUCUCCUCAGAGCCACUCGAGUGGAAAAGCUGCUGGGCUGCGUAAAUCCUCUUUGUGCACUUCUGGGACUGGAACUCCUAGCACCGCACAUCCGCUUUACUCCAAGUGUGAAAAGAAUGCCUUCUUACGGAGUUUCUCCAGCUCGUCAGGCAUCUCGAUUCCUUCACCAGCACUAGAAACUCCAAGUCCUGCCUCAGAAGGAUUGAGCCCAUUCCGUUCCUACCAGAAGAACUCUGGGCACUUUAACCCCUUCUGGGAUGAUUCCAGAGAUGGUACAGAUGUCUGCAACUCAUCCUCCGACUCGGAUACAGACUCAAACAACAGUCUGCCACGUUUCUUUAUUCGGACCAAAGAUGGCAGCGAACCUCCACGCGACCAAUUCCAGAACUCUUUCUCUUUUGUUUGCAACAAACUGGGUGAUUUGCAAACAGGGGUGGCUAAUGAAACAGAGGCACAGAAAGAUCAGGAGAGGCGUCAAAGCUGCAGAAACGAGGUGUUGGGGGAAGGUUUAACUCAGUUUGUUCCUCGAGACCUGUUUCGUAGCCAGAAAAGAGACGGCUGGCCCGUCAUGCUCAGGAUUCCUGAAAAAAAGAACCGCAUGUCCUCUCGCCAAUGGGGGCCAAUCUAUCUCCGCUUGUUACCUGGAGGCGUACUGCAAAUGUACUAUGAGAAGGGCUUGGAGAAGCCGUUUAAAGAGUUCCAACUUCUCCCUCAGUGCAGGCUCUCAGAUCUCAAGGUUGAGAGCUACAGCGAGCCCCGAAAAGUCCUCACGGUCAAGGUGGAGCAUUUCUCCUACACAGAAAAGAAACGCUUCCACCCAAAGCUGGAGGUGAGUCACGAGGCAGAGGUAGAGCAGCUACUGAAGUUUGGCUCCACGGUGUCCAGCGACAUGGAGGACCUGGUCGUCUCUAUGGAGGAGGAGAUCUUCAAGCUGUGCCCACCUCACCAGCAGAGGCGGCACUACGAGGAGCAGGAGCUGUCGCUGCAGAUCACUGAUCACAUCUGGACACAGCUGGACACGUCAGGGGAAGUCAAAGAACGAGUCGCCUUUACUCAGAUCCACUGUCUGGCGUUCCUGAAUGAACAGGGGGACUGUUUUCUCGCUCUUAACGAUCUUGGGCUGCUGCACUCUGACUCCAGCUACGGGUCUGAAGAGGAUGGUGACCUCUGGAUGGAGAUCGCUGACUGCCAUUUCCACAAAUGCGUUAACGGGACCGAGUUUCAGAGGUCCCGACUUGUAAAGUUCUCACCUCCUGACGCAUGCAGAGUGGAGCUGAUGCGGUACAAAACAUCAGUCUUCGGUUGCACUGAGAUUCCCUUCUCCAUUAAAGCUGUGGUCACGGUUCAGGGCGCCUAUGUGGAGCUGCAGGCCUUCCUCAACAUGUCGGCCACCUUUCUUUCCUCCCUCAACCUUUCAGACAUCCACUACCCGCUGUGUGAGAACGUAGUGAUCCGUGUACCCGUGCCGGCUGACUGGGUCAAAGUGACGCAGACUGUGGCCUUGCUCCGGCAGAGAUCACUGAAAGCCCGGAUGAACAGGAAACCCUGCCUGGGCUCCAUCAGCGCCAUAGAUUCACAGCCGGUCAUGCAGGUGUCAAUUGGAGCUGUCAAGUACGAGAGCGUUUAUUCAGCCAUCGUGUGGAGGAUCGACCGACUGCCUGCAAAGAACACAGCAGUGGAUCAUCCCCAUUCGUUCUCCUGCAAACUGGAGCUGGGAUCAGAUCAGGAGAUCCCCAACGACUGGUACCCUUUUGUCACGAUGGAAUGUGAAAUCAUGGGAGCAGUUGUGUCGCAGACCAAGGUGAAAUCCUUUGGCACCGUGAACGACAUCCAGCCGCAGAAACACAUGACCAGUUGGACACGCUAUCAUUGUCAGGUGGAAGUGGAGAAGAAGUGGAUUGAAACAGAGUCACAGAGGCAGGCUGGUUGUAUGACACAGUGAUGACAUAAACCUCAUCAUCCGUCAUCUUAAAGAUGGAUGGGAGAAGACAAAAACAAACAAGAGCGAUGAGGGACUUUGUGCUUCUUUUUUGUUUUGCAGUCAGAUUAUUCUCAUUAUCCAUAACUUGGUAGUAUUUAAACAAACGUUGCAGCCUAACACUGAGACUGAAUAUUAUUAGAUUUAUUUAGCAGUUUAAUAGUCUUUUUGCCUAGCACUUUACAUUGAAUAGAUUUAUUAAUUAUAAAAUGCCAGUUUAUACUACUGUUGGUGUGUAUAUAUAAGCUUGUGUUCGCAUCAUCUGCACUGCCCUUUUGAAUGAUUUCCAGUCUUAAUAAAUUCAAGCCAAAUGGAAGAUGUAAGCUGUACAACCUCAAUAUUUACCUGUUUAAAUAGAAUUAAUGUGUAGCAACAGUU